UAACUCUAAGAUGUGGGAGAAGAACUGGCUUUAUCAAGUCAAGCAUUUGUGAAAGAACACAUCUCAGACCAUUCAGUUAUUCUGAUGAGCCAAAAACUACAUUAACCCAUUUCAUAAGCAUUUGAACUACUUUGAAGAAACAAUAUGAUGUUCAUUUCUGCUGAAAGACUACAUUUAGUUUUGUAUUUGUCAGUAGGUCUUCUGAGUUUAUCACUGCUUACAGAAUGUGAAAAAAACAUUAAGCUUGUCGGCCCUUCGCGUUGCUCUGGUAGAGUGGAGGUCUUCAACAGUGGCAGUUGGGGAACGGUGUGUGAUGAUCACUGGAGCGUUGCCAACGCUGACGUGGUGUGUCAAGAGCUAGACUGUGGAACAGUUCUUGAGGCCAAAAAAGGCGCCUUUUUUGGAGAGGGAAAAGACGAGAUCUGGCUGGAUGAUGUGCAGUGUACUGGUCGUGAAUCUUCCAUCCUCAAGUGCCCACACAGAACAUUAGGGACACAUAACUGUGGCCACGGUGAAGAUGCUGGGGUUAUCUGUUCAGACUAUGUGAGGGUGGUCAACGGAAGCAAUCGGUGUAACGGCAGAGUUGAACUCUACCAUAAUGGACACUGGAGGCGAAUAUGCAGCAGUGACUGGGGCAAGGAAGAAGCUGAUGUGUUGUGCAGAGAGGUUAACUGUGGCACUCCUGUCACUCAGGCCGAAGCGCUGUAUUUUGGAGAGGCACGUGACCUGGUUGGAGUCAAAACCACCUGUUUUGGAAAUGAGACCUCUCUCUCACAGUGCUCUAUUCAAGAAUUCAAGGAAAGCUGUACUGACGCUACUGUUGUCUGUACAAACAGUAAACCAAUUCGGCUGAUUAACGGGACUAAUCGGUGCUCUGGCCGAGUUGAAGUCUACCACGAUGGACAGUGGGGGACAGUUUGUGAUGACAGAUGGGGCAUGCAGGAAGCAGCUGUCGCAUGCCGAGAGAUGAAUUGUGGGAACGCUCUCACGGUCAAGUACAAGGCCUUCUUCGGCAGAGGUCGGGAUCAGGUUUGGUUGGAUGAUAUUGAGUGUACUGGUCAUGAAAAAUCCCUUGCUGACUGUCCGCACAGAGGUUUUGGACAACACGACUGUGACCACAAUGAAGAUGCUGGUCUUGUAUGCUCAGAUACAGUCAGAUUGUACAACGGGACAGACCGCUGCUCUGGCAGAGUGGAGGUCUUCAACAAUGGCCAGUGGGGGAAAAUGUGUAAUAGUAACUGGGGCCUGAAAGAGGCUACAAUGGUGUGUGAGGAACUCAGUUGUGGAUCUCCAAAGAAAUCCCAAGAAAGCUUCAAUUUUGGUGAUAGCGGACUGAGAGGGUACACAAGCAGAUGCUCUGGCAAUGUGAGCUCUAUCUCGCAGUGUGAACUUCAAGAAAUCACAGGGAGCUGUGAAGGUGUUUCUCUUUCAUGUGCAGGUGUUCCACCACUAAAACUUGUCAAUGGCACGGACCGAUGCUCUGGUAGAGUGGAGGUUCUGCAUGAUGGCCAGUGGGGAACAGUGUGCGAUGAUGAGUGGGACAUCAGAGAUGCUCAGGUGGUGUGCAGAGCCAUGGACUGUGGAACAGCUCAGACAGCCAAAUCUGGUGCCUUCUUUGGCCAAGGCCAUGGGGACAUCUGGCUGGAUGAUGUCAACUGUGUCGGCAAUGAGACGUCCCUUUUGCACUGCCAACAUCCCACACUUGGAGAAAAUAACUGUGGCCAUGGCGAAGAUGCCAGUGUGGUGUGCUCAGCUACCAUUAGACUGAUUAAUGGGACUGACCAGUGCUCAGGCAGGGUGGAGUUCCACCAUGGUGGCCACUGGUCACCAGCAUAUAAUAUUAACUGGGGAAUGAAUGAAGCUAGAGUGGUGUGCAGAGAGAUGAACUGUGGAGAUCCUGUCAAGGUCUCAGGAUCAUUUGGUGAAGGCAGUGAACUGAGAGGGUAUAAGGUCAGUUGUCGCGGUGAUGAGAACUCUCUAUCACUGUGUACACUGAGAGAAUAUACCAGGACCAGCAACAAUCGUGUUGAAGAGGCAGCCGUUGAAUGUUCAGGCAAUGUGAAGUUGUCCGGUGGGCACAGUCGUUGUGUUGGAAGAGUGGACUUCUAUGACAAAGGCCAUUGGGGGUCUGUGUGUGGUGAAUCCUGGGAUGUGAACGAUGCAUCAGUGGUGUGCAGACAGCUGGACUGUGGGAGGGUUCAUCAGAUCACCACCAUAGCUGACUAUGGCCAUGGCACAGGAAAGACCUGGAUUGAUCAAAUUGAAUGCAAUGGGUUGGAGUCAACACUCGCUCAGUGCCCACAAAGACCAUUUAUAGACCGAACUUGCAACAUCACAUCAGUUGCUGGAGUUGUCUGCGCAGGAAGUCUGGAGGUACGGUUGGCUAGCAGUAAGGAUGAGUGUACUGGCAGAGUAGAGGUCCGUCAUGGCGAUGUGUGGCAAACAGUGUGUGACUCAGACUGGACUCUGAGUAAAGCUGAGGUGGUGUGUCAGCAGCUGCAAUGCGGACAUGCAUUGAAUGCACCCAGCGGUGCCCAUUUUGGCCAAGGCAGUGGAUCAGUAGUGGAAGCCAGCGAUUCGUGCUUUGACAAUGUGACAUCUCUUCAGCAAUGCUCGCUGAAAGGUUUCCGAAGCUCAAGGUGUGGGCAUGAACGUGAUGCUGGUGCUAUCUGUGCAGCACAACUUCGGUUGGUCAGCGGCUCAGGUCAAUGCUCUGGAAGAGUGGAGCUCCUCUACAAAGGCCAGUGGGGAACUGUGUGUGAUGAUGAAUGGCAACUGGCCAAUGCUGAUGUGGUAUGUAGACAGCUUGGCUGCGGUCAUGCAGUUGCUGCUCCUACAAGUGCCCACUUUGGUAGAGGCACAGGUCCAAUAUGGCUGGAUAAUGUAGCGUGUACAGGCCAAGAGUCUGCUCUCACACAUUGUACACAUCCCGGUUUUGGGGAAAAUAACUGCGGGCAUGGUGAAGAUGCUGGUGUUGUCUGUUUGGGUGCUCUAGAAAAGCCCCAAAUCACUUUCAAUCCUUCUCCAGAGGUAAACUGGGGUGACAGAGUUGAAAUCACCUGCACUGUAGUAUCAGAACACUUGGGUGGGACAUUCAUCCUGAAAAAGACCCAAGGAUCAUUUCAAAUGGAAAGAUUCUCUGACCACGAAGCUACAACCUUCACCUUCCCUGCAGUUGACUUCAACCAAAAGGGGUCAUACUUCUGUGAAUAUCAAAAGAAAUUGGCCAAUCAAGUCAUCUAUUAUCCUCAAGGAAAUACUGCUGAGCUCUCUGUCACAGUGAAACUGGAAAAGCCCAGCAUCUCCCUUUCAUCUCCCCAUGCAAUGGUGAUCUACACCCCAGACAAAAUAUCCGUCACCCAAGGCAGCAGCUUCACUGUCUCUUGCUCUACGCAUUCCAGAUAUCCUGGAGGUUAUUUCUAUCUGACAAAGUCAAACAUGAGCACCACUGACAUGAAGUCAGCAUUUGGCCACUCAGUCUUCUACCUGGCAUCCUUUGAAUUCAAUUCAAUAGAUUAUGAACAGCAAGGAGAGUAUAGCUGUGUCUAUGGCGUUAACAUCUCCUCCGAAACCUUCUGUUCUGUUCCCUCAAAGUCACUCGAAGUCACUGUAGUUGCCACCUCAUCCUCUUCAGUUGUCUCAGGAGUUCUGGGGGGGCUAGCGGUGUUGCUACUCGUGCUGGUUAUAGGUUACCUCAUCUGGAGAAGGAGAGGGCGAGUUGCUGGUACCAUGGUUCAGUUUAGUAACAGGUUUGGAGGAGCAAUAAAACAAGAUACAGAAGACAGAAUAAAUGGAACAUAUGACGGAAGAGACCCCAAUACCCAAGUGAACGAGCACGGACAAAGUCACGCCCUGGAGGACAAGAAGGCCAAUGUUGCUUCUGAUAACUCUGUUGAGAGGGUCCCUGAAGACCUGGCUGGGAGAGUGUGUUAUGAGCUUGAACCACUCGUUCUCUCGUGACAACAAAAUGACUCAAGGAAUAACCUAUGUCAUGUGAUUUCACAAAAUUUUAUGAGCAACAUAACUGGGCUGAAAACAGGCUUUUACUGCUCUCUGGUUGAAAGCUUCAUUUGUGUUGCAUCUCUAACCACACCCAACAGUGAUAUUGCAGUGUACCAAUACACCCUGGACAUCAGAAGUUAAACCACUGGAGGUCAGCAAAAAAAAAAAAACAAGAUUUUCUGCUGGUGUUCAGUUGUUCUUUAAGGUAGACCAUAGGAGCAUUUCAGCAUUUUUGAGUAAAGAUUCUUUUUUUUUUUUUUUUUAGAAAUAUUUGCAUUCCUCAAAUGAAUGCUUUGUUUUUUGCUUUAAAAGAUUUACAAAAUAGACUUAAUUAAAAACUGUGAUUUUGAAUGGCAUAAAUGUGGUUUGUGUAAACAGGCAAAUGUUUUGUUGUAACACUUAUUUUCAUACUAGUUUUAUUUUUCUGUCAAUCACACAGCUAAGGUCCACUGACCUGUAGGAUGAUUCUGAUUACAUUGACUUUAUAUUGCAUAGUAAUUAUGUUUUUUUUGUACGUGAGUGCUUAUCAAUAAAUUUGUAUUCUUACAACA